AUGGAGGAAGAUGGAGCAAAUCGUACACAAAAAAAGUCGAAUCCUCGAGAAAGGUCGAAUAUAAUUUCGAAUUUAUUCUUUUGUUGGCUUCUCCCGUAUUUCGUGAAAGGGUACAAAAGGGAACUAACCGAAGAUGAUAUGUACAGACACCGUAAGGCUCAUGAUUCCGGUGAUUUAGGAAAAGCAUUGGAAAGAAGGUGGCUGAAGCACUUAAAUAAUAACAACAAACCUUCAUUCGCUCUGGUUUUACUAAGAACUUUUAUGUGGGAAAUACUAUUAUUGAAUAUAUUGGCUCUUACAACUGAAGUAAUAAGAAUGAUGCAGCCCUUUCUCAUAUCAGCACUAAUUAAAACCUACGAAGUCAAAACCACAUCAGAUAAUAAAAACCAUGCCUACUACUACUCGGCGUUGAUAGUCUGUACCCAAUUCAUUAAUGUCAUUUUAGUCCACAAAUUCAACCUAGCCAUGAUGCAAGUGGGCAUGAAAGCAAGAGUAGCUUCUUGCUCGGUAAUAUACAGAAAAGCCCUGAGACUAAGCAAAUCGGCUCUGGCCGAAACGACCAUUGGUCAGAUGGUGAAUUUGUUGUCCAACGACGUGGGUAGAUUCGAUCAAGCGGUGCAUCAUCUACACCAGUUCUAUUUCGGACCCAUACAAACACUCAUCGUUAUGUACUUCUUGUACGUUAACAUGGGGUGGGCUUCCUUGUCGGGUGCAAUAUUCCUGUUGCUGUCAAUUCCUUUACAAUCUUGGCUCGGCAAGAAGACUUCACAGUUCAGACACAGCACGGCAGGAGCGACAGAUGAGCGAGUUAGGCUCAUGAACGAGAUCAUUUCUGGAAUUCAAGUUAUCAAAAUGUACACUUGGGAAUAUCCGUUCGCUAAAUUAGUCGAAUAUAUCAGAAUGAAAGAAAUGAAAUACAUCCGGUACACAUCAAGAGUUAGAGCAAUAUUAAUGUCAAUGAGUCUAACGCUUACCAGAAGUGCCAUAGCAAUAUCUAUUAUCGUUUACUCCCUUACCGGAGAGACUGUUACUGCAACCUAUACUUACACAGUAAUAUCAUUCUACGACCUACUAUUUUCGUUAACAAUGUUCUUCCCGAUGGCAGUUUCUCAGGGUUCAGAAAUGUACGUAUCCCUUAAGAGAAUCCAAAAAUUUUUGAUGUUUGACGAGCUCACUUUCGGCGAACCGGAAAAAAACAACUUCAUAGAAACAAACUUAAUAACGCAAAGCAAGGAAAUUGAACUAAACUCGAUGUUAACGAUGUUAAAAGGACCUGACGCAACCAUAAGAAUUAAAAACGCGUCCGCUAAAUGGCUGAAGUCGCUUCCUGAGAACUGUUUGGAAGAAAUCGAUUUGAACUUGAAAGCAGGAGAAUGCGCUUCAAUCGUAGGACCCGUCGGAAGCGGAAAAUCCACCUUACUGCACAUAAUUAUGCGCGAAUUGGAAUUGCAAAGCGGUACGGUCUCCGUCAGAGGAAUCAUAUCUUAUGCCUCGCAGGAACCUUGGUUGUUCGGCGGGAGCGUGAGGCAAAACAUCCUAUUCGGACAAAAAUUCGAGCAGAAAAAAUACGAUGAAGUGAUCAGAGUUUGCGCUCUCCAAAGAGAUUUUACUCUGUUUCCACACGGCGAUAGAACUCUAGUGGGAGACAGAGGUGUUACAUUAAGUGGCGGUCAAAAAGCCAGGAUAAAUUUAGCUAGAGCUGUUUAUAAAGAAGCCGAUAUCUACCUCCUGGAUGAUCCUCUCUCGGCUGUUGACGCGCACGUUGGCAAACAGCUAUUCGAGGACUGCAUAACCGGAUACCUCAGUGAUAAAAUUGUGGUCUUAGUUACCCACCAACUGCAAUAUUUGAAGAAAAUGAAAAAAAUAUUCUUAAUGAAAGACGGCAGGAUUGAGGUAUCCGGCUCUUAUGCAGAUAUCAAAAAUUCCAACAGCGAGUACAGUACUCUUCUGGCUAACAUUGAGGAAGACGAGGAAGAAGUUAGGCGCAAGUCCAGAGUAGCCAUUGAAAAAGUCGAAGAAGAUAAAGACACAGACGAAAUUCAAGUUAUGCAAAGGGAAGGAAAGGGCACAGGCAAGAUAUCCAGUCGCGUGUACUUAAGUUACGCCAAAUCUGGUGGAAAUAUCAUUAAAGUUAUCCUGAUAGCUUUUAUUUUCGGUCUGAGUCAGCUGUUUGAUAGUUCAUCUGAAUAUUUCGUGACUUUUUGGGUAAACAUUCAACAAUGGAAGUCACAGCAUCCACCUGGAACCCAAAACAACCUCACACAAGUCUUAGCAACCAAUACUUCCAGUGAACCCGAUCCGUUUAGCAAUUGGUGGUUAACUCCGGUAUUCACAAGCGAAUACGUGACGUUAUUCUACGCUACAAUCGUUUGCCUAGGUGUUAUAACAGUCCUUGCAAGGUCGCUUACAUUCUACGCAUGGUGUAUAACAGCCUCCAUUAAUCUACAUAAUAAAAUGUUCGUUAAUAUCGUAUACAGUCCUAUGAGAUUUUUCAACACAAAUCCAACAGGAAGGAUUUUGAACAGAUUUUCCAAGGAUAUUGGUCUCAUAGAUGAACUUUUACCCAUGACUUUGUUAGAUACAGUGCAGAUUGGCUUAAUUGUAGUCAGUAUUUGCAUAAUUAUUGGAACUCUUUCGAUUUGGAUAUCGAUUCCUACGGUCAUAGUCGGUAUUAUCUUCUACCUAAUGAGGGUUGUAUUCCUUGAAACAAGCAGAGAUGUCAAAAGAAUCGAAUCAGUUACCAGAAGUCCUAUUUACACCCAUCUUUCGGCCUCUCUAAUUGGACUGACGACAAUAAGGGCAUUCAAGGCGCAGGAAAUUCUUAAAAAGGAAUUCGACAAAUAUCAGAAUUUGCACAGCGCCGCUUUCUUUAUGUACCUUGCAGCUAAUAGAACGUUCGGUUUCUGGUUGGACUUCGUUUGCGUGGUUUACAUAGCUCUGGUCAUUGUCUCGUUACUGUUUCUUAAAAACGAGCAAUUCGGAGGUAACAUGGGUCUGGCUUUGACCCAAGCCAUGGGUCUGACGGGCAUGUUCCAGUGGGGUAUGAGGCAAUGGUCAGAAUUGGAGAAUCAAAUGACGUCGGUCGAAAGAGUUCAGGAAUACGCGGACUUAAAGCACGAAGAAGACAACAAAACGUACGAUCCGCCGGCGGAUUGGCCAGCAAAUGGUGAAGUGGAAUUUAGGGACAUGUCUCUGCAGUAUUCUCCGGACGAUCCACCAGUACUAAAGAACUUAAAAUUUUUAAUAAAACCGAAAGAAAAAGUUGGUAUCGUCGGUCGCACGGGAGCAGGAAAGUCUUCCUUGAUCCAAGCUUUGUUUAGAUUGACACACAUUGAUGGAAAUAUUUUCAUAGACGGUGUCGACACGAAAUCUAUUUCAUUGAAGACAUUGAGGUCGAAAAUUUCAAUCAUUCCGCAGGAGCCUGUUUUAUUUUCUGGAACACUAAGGAAGAAUCUGGAUCCCUUCGACGAUUUUAAAGAUGAGAUCCUUUGGGAAGCUUUAGAAGAAGUAGAAUUGAAGAGUGCUGUGGAAGAAUUGCCUGCUGGCCUUGAAAGUAAAAUGGCCGAAGGAGGUUCCAAUUUUAGCGUGGGACAACGUCAACUAGUGUGCCUAGCUAGAGCUAUUAUUAGGAACAAUAAAAUACUUGUACUGGAUGAAGCCACUGCCAACGUAGAUCCUCACACUGAUGGUUUGAUACAGACUGCAAUCAGAACUAAAUUUGCCAAUUGUACAGUAUUGACUAUAGCUCAUAGACUCCAUACUAUCAUGGAUUCCGACAAGGUUUUAGUAAUGGAUGCUGGAAGAGCAGUGGAAUUUGAUCAUCCCCAUACUCUACUGCAAAACGAGUCGGGAAUUUUCUAUUCGUUAGUGCAACAAACCGGCAAAGCUACAGCCAAGAAUUUAAUUGCUGUGGCUGCAAAAAGCUACAAAUCAAGUUAA